UCUGGCCCCCUGGCUGGCGGAGGCGAUGCGGUGCUGGCCGCGCCCGGGGCGCUGGCACUGAGCGGCGGGCGCUGGGCUGCAGCCGGGCAGUCCCGGUGCCGGCAGGAUGGGUUGCGGGGGGAGCCGAGCCGAUGCCAUCGAGCCGCGCUACUACGAGAGCUGGACCCGCGAGACCGAGUCCACCUGGCUAACGAACACCGACACCGAGCCCCCGCCGCCGGCCUGCGGCCACGAGAGCGCCCGCGCCGAGGCCGGACUGCGGGACCAGGGCGCGCCGCACCCGGGUACGCUGGAGGAUGAAAAAUCAACUCAGACCUGUGUUACCAUGUCCUCGACUGCAAGUGGAAUAAUUAACACUGAGAAGAAAACUAGCUGUGGUACUCAAUCCACAAAACCCACGGUCCAUGCCUCUGGAAAUCUGACACAGAAACACAAUGGCUUCAGAACAGCAGAGGCUAAAUGGGACACCAAGAAAAUGCCCACAAAAGAAGUCACCAUUAAUGUUACAAAAAGCAUCAGACAAAUUGACAGCGACAGAAGAAUCACAAAGAAUUGUGUCAAUUAAAGGAGUAAAGCAAAAGCGAAGAUGGACCUAACAAUACUUUGCUGCACUUUAACUGUGACUGAUCACUUAAGAUCUCAAGAUGUUCUGUGUUGAAUGCAAUGGGCAGCGGCUGCUGAGUGCCUUGAGAAACGUUGUUUUAACUAGCAGUAAAUAGCUGCAAACACUGUUGGAUGUUCAGACAUGUAUUUAUCUAUUGCAAUGGCACUGUACAAAAAUAUAACAAAAUAUGUGCCAUUUUCUCUCCAAGUCCUGUGCUAUCUAAUUGUAGAUUUUCUAUGAUGCAUUGCUGUUAGGGAUUGGACAAUUAGAGCUGCAGUUCAUCUCACUUUAAAACAGAGAAAGAAUAAUUAAUCUGUGUUAUUAGUAAGUAGCCUGAAAUGUGUUAUCUUCUGUUUUAUAAAGUUAAAGAUCUGACUUUCAUAAAAACUCAAAUCCAGAUAUCUCAGAAGUAAAGAAACACAAAUGGCUUCCAAUUUUAAACUA